CAAAAAACUCCGUCCUCCGUGGUCAGCGAAACGAGACGAAUAUCCCAUUAAAAAAACCGAAUAUCCAGUAAACGUCCCUUAAAAGUUAGCCGGUUAAAAGAAAGAAGAAAAAAGUCAAAUUUCCCACUUAACCAUUCUACCGUCACACGCGAAGGCCUAAGGCGGAACAAAAUAUCAUAAGCAGUAAACGAGGAAAACAUAAAACUGAGAAAGAAAAACCACUGCCUCGCUCUAAAAUCAAAGCAUUAGGUUGUUUAGCGCUCGAAGAGUCGACUUCAAAGAUGAUAGUCUACUCAAUCGCGACUUAUCAGUGGUCAUCUCAAACAAAGAUUAUUAGUAAUAAGUAAUAUUCGGGGAUGAAGACUAUGACUUGGUGACUCUGACUAUGACUUUGUUUUUAGUGUGUGAUACAAUUGGAUUGGUUUAGUUCGCAUUUUAGCUCAUAUUGUGUCAGAUGAGGAGUUCCAGAUACCCCGGACCGCCAUCCACGCUGUCCGGGUCUUCAGCAUCCGGGAGAACUUUGGUACGGGGUUCUCGUCGUAGAGGUGCACCAGCUGAUGUUUUUGUACCUAAUGACCCUGUUAAAACUUCAUCUGGAAGAAAAACCAAAAUUAUACUAAUAUUAGGAAUAGCUCUACCUGUAUUGGCUUGUAUAAUAGGAAUCACUGCAUGGGCUGUAACGACUGAUGUAUUAAGGAUCAGUCCAAGAGCACAUGAAAAUACUGUACACAGUUUUAGACCAAGAGGAAAAUCAAGGGGGGACAACUUGCGAACUAGACAGGAUGAAGAUGUUGAUGUUUUCAUGCUAAAUAGUCUUUCACAAGAAGAUAAUUCUUCAAAAAAACCUUCAUCAACGAAACGAUUCACUGAAAUGAAAAAUGAAGCGAAAGAAUCGAAAAGUGUUCCUGUUCAAGAAAAUACAACUUCACAAACGCCUUCCAAACAGCCAUCACCUUCUGAUAUUUUAUCAAAGCUCAUAUCAGACAUUCCCAUUCCAAAGAAUUCGAAAAACUUUGUUGUAUUUGCGCCGGUAGCUGAUACAAAGAAUGAUAAGAAAUCACUUCAGGCCAGAAGAUUCGACGGUAAGGUUCACAUAUCUGAUGGAGAAGAUUUACUUGCUCAAGAGACCAUUGCCUCAGAAGCCAAGUCUCAGGAGGCACCAGAAACAAGAAAUACAUACAUUAGAAAACGAAAAUCACAUAAAGAUACAUAUUUCGAGCACACAUCUGUCGAGCACGAUCAGAACGGAAAGAGGCAGCAAGAACCACCAGGUUCUUCAACCAGAAAGUUCAACAAAAAUGAACGAAUUAGCUUGCAACCGAUUCCUUCUGGAAAUAUUCUUAACAAUAACCCUAGUAUUUUUGGGCACGUGAAUAAAAACGCUAAUUUCCAGCAGCUUCCGCAAAGUCUUCUUUUGCCUGGCAUAAAUAGCCAAGAAAAUUCUAAAUCAAUGCAGCAAUCAGCCCUACGAGGUAAAUUUCCACAUAUGUCAUUCAAUGCCCCAUCUCAGCAGUUACAAGCACUUCCUGCCAACCCGUCUUUGCAUUUGUCUCAAAACUUACCUCAACAAAUGCAGCAACAAGCUGUCAAUCAAAACGUGCAUUUUUCACCAACAGGGUCCCAACAAUCUCAAUUUUCAGGCAGCCAAAGGACGUCUCCAUAUCAUAUGCAGCAAAAUUUGUCACCAUCGCCUGCUCAGUCAUCAUAUUUUAACUCACCUCCUGCUACUCAACCGAAUUCUCAAAUUUUCCAGUCCAAUUCGUAUGCUCCAGAAAAUUCGAAUGUUCCUGGUGCUCCCCAAUACUUUGCUCCACCCCCACAAACUUUCCACACCAAAGUAAACUAUGAAAAUUCAAAUAAAUUAGGAUCACUUUCUUCGUAUGAAAGAAUCGCUCAAACCACAGCAGCUGAGUCUUCCAAAGAUGGUGGCCAACAUCAUCACCAUCACCACCACCAUCAUCAUGAACCUAUGCCGAUGGGGUCAGAUCCCAUAGGGGACAUUAACUUGUCUGAUGCUCCCCACAAAAAUGAUGCUGAUCGUUUGGGAACUAUUGGACUCGGACUUGGCACACCAGGAAGAGGAAUCACAGUUCAAAUAGGAGGAAGUCCUGGAGGGCUAGGCGGAGGAGGUCUGUUACCUCUAAGUGCGCUGGGAAUGGCUAGAAAUAUAGUAUCAGCCUUAAUGCCUCGACCUGCACUAGGACUUAACUCUAAAGUUUUCGUUGGCUUAGAACUAGGCAGGGGAAGAGGUCUUCGAUUGUUAGGAUAGUUUUAUUCGAUCUCUUGAAGUUAAUAUAGUGAUACACAUGAAAAAAUCUUAGAGUGAUUGAACACUUAAAUAGGCCUAGUAGUGUUAAAGAAGUAUUUUAAGGGCAUAAAAUAGAGUUGUUUGUGUGAUAAAAAAAUGCUGUGAUUUUUUAAAAAAAAUAUCUUUAUUAUAAAUUGUGAAUUUUUUUUAUUUAAAUGCAUGUUUGUAUUUUCAAAAUAUUUAUAGAAUAUUAUAACAUGUAGAGAUUCUUUUAUAAAGAUAUUCACGUAUUAACUGUUUGUAAGUUAUUUUCCUUGUAUGAUACAUAAUGAAUAAUUUUAAAUAAACUAUUUAAGGUAGUUGCAGAAAGGAAAUUUAAAAUAUUACAAGUUUUUAAUAAGAGAUUAUCGAUAAGACGUAACAAAAGUAAUUAAAGUAGACUUAAUAAAAGUAAUUUACAAUUUGUAGGAAUUAUUACGAUAACUCAUAAAAAAGUUUGAUCUUCAUCAAGCUUGAUCUUUAUGUCCUCAUGCAUCAAAAAGUUUAAUCACAUCCUAUAAAAUUAGCUGGAACGACGUUAUUUUAAUUUUUUUCUAUUUGAAGCUAAAAACUGUUGAUAAUAUUUUAGUAAGUUAUAUACAUUUCUUUGUAAAUAAUAACGAACUCUAAGAGAAAUGAAAUAAAAGGAAAACAUACGUCUUAAAUACAACACAAUUGUUGAAAGAAUAAAAUACAGUCAAACCUUCAAGGGAUCGAAAUUUCGGUUCACUAUAAGCGGGAG